AUGCAUUAUUUGAUACAAAUGUGCGAAGAAGCGUCGAUCAAGGUGGAAAAGAGAAAGGAAAAAAGGAUGAAAGAUGGAAAACGAAGUGAGGAUAAAAACGGAGUCGGAACCGUUUCGAGACUCGGGAUAAACGCAGAAAAAAGAGUUUAUGAUUCAGGAAAAGGAGAAAUUCAAGUGAAAGUAGUUGAAGGAUAUGUUGUUCACUGA